AUGAGGACAUUGUGUCCCAAUUUCGACAAGGAAGAUGGGCUGGAGACAGUGCUGGAGGUGCCGAUACCCGAAGAAAUGUUCGUCAACAUGGGCAGCAAUGGAGCCCUCCGGUGGCAGAAUAUGCGCAAUUGGAUGCGGGCUCGACGUUCCGUCAGGUCGUCGUCGGCACAUUCUGCAAGCAAUGAUCAGUUUAUGUUACUGCUGAAAAUUAUUGCCUCUUCUCUUAUUCCCUUUCAGGUUCAAUUGGACCAUUCUGUCACUUUGCCUAUCAAAGAUGGCUCCAUUGAAGCUUCUACAGCUAAAUACAUUGUACAACAAUAUAUAGCAGCAAGUGGAGGACAAGCUGCCUUAAAUUCAAUAAACAGUAUGCACACAGUGGGACAAGUGAAGAUGGUAUCCUCCAACAUCCACCAAAGUGGAGACAGUGUGAAUGCUAAACGUAGUUGUGAGUUAGGUGGCUUUGUGUUGUGGCAAAUGAACCCUGAUCUGUGGUACUUAGAACUAGUGGUUUCCAGCAUCAAGGUCAGUGCCGGUAGCGACGGCAAGGUUGCUUGGAGUCAGUCCUCCUCCAAUUCAAAUGCCUCGAGAGGGCCUCCGAGACCCCAUCGUCGGUUUUUUCAGGGUUUGGACCCAAGAUCAACCGCGAACUUAUUCCUAAACGCCUUUUGCAUCGGAGAGAAGACGAUUAACGACGAAGACUGUUUCAUACUCAAGCUCGACACAAGCACAGACAUCCUCAAAGCACAAAGCACACCAAACACAGAAAUAGUCCACCACAAUAUAUGGGGAUACUUCAGCCAACGAACCGGAUUGCUGGUUCAAUUCGAGGACACAAAACUAGUGAGAAUGAAAGCAGCCAGAGGAGAUGACCAUGUGUAUUGGGAGACAAGCAUGGAGUCAGUUAUUGAAGACUAUAGAUACAUUGAAGGUAUCAAUAUAGCUCAUAGUGGAAAGACUAUUGCAACUAUUUAUAGAUAUGGGCAGGCUAUUAAUCACAGGGCAAAGAUUGAGGAGACAUGGAGGAUUGAAGAGGUUGAUUUCAAUAUAUGUGGGUUGUCAUUGGAUUGUUUUUUGCCUCCUUCUGAUGUUAAGAAGGAACAAGAAAAUGAAGAGCAUGGAAUGGGAUGCUAG